AUGGCAGCUCACAGAACAUGGCUCCUCCGCUCAAUUCCUCGCAUUCUCCCCCAACACUCCGUCCGACUACGUCCUCUGGCUAGGACACCGGCUUGCGCUUUGAAAGUUUGGUCUCAGCGGUAUAAUAGCACCGAAGCCGAGUCCAAGCGAUCAGAGUAUCAUCAGCAAACGCCACUGCCCGAUCAUAUCUCCGAACCGUCACAUUUGAAUCCGUCCCCCGAAGACUAUUCGCGUUUCAUCUUUCAGGAUAAAUGUCGCUCGACGAUAUAUGCUGGUGCCGGUGGACAUGGUUGCGUCUCGUUUCUUCGUGAGAAAUAUGUCGAAGAGGGUCCACCGAAUGGUGGCGAUGGAGGUAGUGGCGGGAGCAUCUAUAUUCAGGCCGUUGAAGGCAUGACGAGUCUACAUAAGCUGGCUCGUAGGGGAAUUAUAAAGGCCGGUCGGGGGAAGAACGGACAGGGGAAAAGCAAAGGAGGCAAACGAGGCAACGAUGUCCUGCUCCAGGUUCCCGUUGGCACUGUCGUUCGCGAAGUCGAUCGUUACGACCCGGUCACGGAGGAAAUCGUGCGCCGGAAACGUGAGCGCAAGGAAGCUGCAGCAGCCGCUGCUGCUGCGGCAGAGGAGGGCGCAGAAGAGAGUGAUGAAAUAGAUGAGCUUGGGCUACCGUCUAUACGACAUGAUCGCUGGGUUCUUUACCCUGGUGCCAACCCGUCUGAUUACUUGACUACGGUGUUUCCGAAUAAUCCGCCCCGGAGACAACAUAUCGCUGCACUGGAACCGCAGGCGCCGAUCUACCUCGAUCUUUCGCAGCAUAUGGACAAGCCGAUCUUGUUGGCUGCUGGAGGUGCCGGUGGCUUGGGUAACCCACACUUUGUGACUCGCAAUAUGAACCGGCCUACGUUCGCAUCUAGAGGUGAAGGCGGCAUGCGUCUGGAGCUUGAGUUUGAGCUGAAGCUGCUUGCGGAUGUUGGACUCGUGGGGAAGCCCAAUGCAGGAAAGAGUACAUUGCUUCGAUCGUUGACCAACAGUCGCACCCGGGUCGGAAACUGGGAGUUCACGACGCUUUCUCCCAAUAUCGGUACGGUGGUCAUCGACAAUAAUAAAGGGCGACCGUUGGUGGAAUCCAAAGGAAAGGCCCGGCGGACGAACUUCACUAUUGCCGACAUUCCAGGUCUGAUCGAGGAUGCCCAUCUGGAUAAGGGCCUUGGUCUGGGGUUCCUACGGCAUAUCGAGCGCGCUGGUAUCCUGGCGUUUGUCGUUGACCUCAGCGCAGGUGACCCUGUGCAAGGACUGAAGGGUCUCUGGCACGAACUGGGCGAAUACGAGCGCGUCCGUGACGUUGAAGAGUCGAUGAAAGUUGAGGGAGAUGAUUUAACCUGGAAUCCGCCCACUCAUGGUCUUCCUGAACUUCAGUCCGAAAGUGCAAUUCAGGAGCUUAACAAGGUUGCGUCAAAAGCUAAAGACGAACUUCCCGCUCUAAAUCUUUCUCCAAUUCACACCAAGCCAUGGUUUGUGGUAGCCACCAAGGCCGAUCUCCCGGAGACUCAAGAACGCUUCAAGACACUGCGUGACUAUCUUACCGCCGUUAAGAACGGCGAAGAGGAACAUCCGGGCGGGCAUCCCUAUGGACGGAGAGACAAGGUCUGCGCGGUUCCUGUCAGUGCCAUUAGGGGCGAGGGAGUUGCCGGCAUUCCAAAGCUUGUUGUGGAUUUGCUUGAUUAA